AUGGAGGCGUUCAACGCGCUCCUGCUGGAAGAAGGCGGCAUCGCGGAGACGUUGCUCUCUUCGCUGACGUUCGACGACCUCUGCAGCUUGACCCAGUGCGGGAGCUGCCUGGCCAGGGUGCUGACAGGCAACCGCAGCUGGCUCCACGCCGCCGUGGCGGACGUGCGCUUCCUCCAGCUGGAGUCGCCCUGCUUCCAGGCGAAAGAGCGCUUCAGGGCGGUGGGCGCGGUGCGCGUCCUGAGAAGGGCAGUGCCAGCACGUGGCCUCAAGGUGCCUCUGGACUCCACCGACAGGGUGGUGGAACUGGCCCGCGCCGUAGCGAGCGCGAGCCGGGCCUCAGCUCUCCACAUGCGCGACGGCGGCGGCUUUGCUGUGCCGGUGGUCGCCAUCCUGCGCUGGCAGAGCGAGGCGGCCCUCCUCGAUACGCUCUCCCUCGAGUCGGAGGAGGAGUUCUGCGUCUCUGCGCCCAUCUCGCUGCCGCCGAAGGAGUCCGAGCGGCUGGCAGGACGCUGCCGCGCCUCGUGCCGAGGCCGCGGCCCGGCGCGGCCCAUCCGCGUGUUCUUCGCGUGGAGGGAAGGCCGGCUGAUGGUCGCGAUGGUCGAAGGUGGGCUGCUCGCCGAGAGGCUCGACCUGCCAGCAACCUUCGCCCGGCCGCUCACAUCGUCGGUCCCCACCUGCGUGCGGGUGACCGUCCGGUGCCUCUGCCCGGACCUGCCGCUGCCCGAGAUCCCCCUGGACAUCCCGCUGGGCAUGCAGUGGGUGGCGGUGCCCAUGGCUCUGCCCAAAGACGCGGACGAUCGCAGGGCCGCUGUAAAGGCGAUGCUUUGCGGGGCGCUCUGCGUCCUGACGGUGACGGACUGCGAGAGCCGGCGGCAGAUGAGCUGGAUAAACAUCAUCCUGGGGCUCCAGCCGCUGAGCGCCCAGUGA